CACGUAAGUUACUCUGUAAAAUAGAUCUUUCACCAAACUCAAAGGGAUCGUCUUGAAAUCAAAAUAUCAAACAUGGCCCCAAUCGCCCCCAAGAAGCGCACCUCGAUGCGCGCCAAGGCCGCCCGCGCAGCAACAUCCUCAUCAUCAUCCUCCGCGGCCCCGCAGCGCACAGAAGCAACCACAUCCUCCCUCCUCGCCGAUACAAAGCGUGACCGCCGCCAUAUCAAGCGCUCAUCCUUCCUCUCCCAGAUCGCCACCAAGAGUUCGUCGGGGAAGAUCACAAAGCGGCGCAGGCCAUCAAAGAAGCUCGCCGCGAACCUCGAGUCACUCGCCGAUGCGCUCCCGGACCUGGACGAUCUGGAAGAGCAGCCAGAGCCGGGAAAGGUGCGCCUCAAGAGCAUCAGGAGCAGGCCCGGCGCCCUGAAGCGCAAGGAGAAGCUGGUGAGGGCCGAGGCGAAGAACAUAGGGCUGAGCAUGGCGUAUCUGAACCAACUGAAAGCGGAGGGCGGGGGCGCUUCGGGUUCUGGGGAUCAGGACGAAGCCAUGGGUGGUGCGAGGGAGCAGGAUGAGAAGGCGGGAGCCGGGCCUGGAAAGGUUGCUCCGGCGGCGCCGUCGUCGACUGCGAGCAGGUGGGCGGCAUUGAGGGCGCACAUUUCUGGGACUAUGGAGCAAAAUUCUGCGUUUCUGGAGAAAAAGUGAGUUUUUCGGCGUGGCUCUGCAGACGCCUUCCUCUGAUGGGCUAGGAAAUUACAGUACAAUAGAUGAUACCCCAUAGAUGGCCAAAUCAGCCGCAUAACCAGUUGGCCAGCUCAUUUUGCGAGUCGGCCGGAUACCUUGGUCAUAACAUUUCGGUUCGCCGGCGUUGCCAUUGCCAGGAAACUCACUGUAGUUCUUUGGAGUCUGCUCGCGAUAAUUAAACUCGAUACUCGUCAUGAUGGAACAUUGAACCGAGGAACACAGGUCCGUUGUCACUUCG